CUCUGACACUAUCAGCAGAUGUAACAUCUCACACAAUGGACUGGAUAUCUAGUGCUACACUUUUCCUGUCAGUCUUAAAUGCAGCACUUUGUUUCAAUAUCGAUCCUGCAGCUUGGAAGACACUGAGGAGCUCUGCUGCUGGUUUUGGCUACCAGGUGGUUCAAAGACCAUCAGACUUGCUCAUCAGUGCCCCACUAGAACAGUAUUCACAAAACAGAAAAGGGAAAAUAUAUAGGUGUACCACCUCUGGAGAAAACUGCCAAAAUAUACAAUUUCAAGAGCCAAAUUUUGCAAUCAACAUGUCCCUUGGUUUAACAAUGAAAAGUGAUCCUGGAACCCAAAACACAGUGGCAUGUGGUCCAACUAUUCCAAAGGACUGCAAAAGCUACACCAUGUACAAUGGUGUGUGUUUUCAGAUAGACCAGGACAAUAGAUUUGGACCUCCAAUCCCUUCUUCCGUUGACGAAUGCCUGAUUGGAACCGACAUUGCCUUUCUGUUGGAUGGUUCAGGGAGUGUAAAUCAUCAAGAUUUUCAAAAAAUGAAGACCUUUGUGAAAAACCUCGUUGGGUCAUUUCUCUCAAGUGAUACAAUGUUUUCUGUUUCCCAGUUCUCUACUUCAUCAAAGGUCCAUUACUACUUUAAUAAUUUUUUCUCAUCUGGAUCAUGGAAAUCUAACAUUGAUAGAAUUACACAACUACAUGGAGGAACUUACACAGCCAAGGCCAUCGAACACAUUGUCCAAAAUGUUUUUACACCACAAAGAGGAUCCAGAUCAAAUGCAAAGAAGGUGCUGAUAGUUAUAACUGACGGAGAAUCUCAAGACUCAAAUCGCUUACCAUAUGCAGCACAGCUAGCUGAGAGUAAAAAAAUAGUUCGAUUUGCUAUUGGGGUGGGGGAUGCGUUUAAUAAACCCAAGCCAAAACAAGAACUGGACACCAUUGCAUCUUUUCCCUCAGACAAACACGUGUUUCAAGUUAGGGACUUCAACGCACUUGAAAUAAUAAGACAGACCUUAGAGAAAAAAAUCUCUAUCGAAGGAUCUCAAACCAGUGGGGAGUCACUGAGAAUGGAAAUGGCUCAAGAGGGAUUCAAUGUAGCUUAUGUGCCUGAGGGAAUUCAAAUGUCUAUUGUUGGUGCCAACCAGUGGACGGGAGGCUAUACUCAAUUUACAGCAGGGUAUGACAGGGUGAAAACAUACGAGAUGCCAUUGGAGCCUGACAGUUAUCUUGGUUACUCCAUGGCAAUUGCUAAAACCCAGCGUGGCUCACUGACAGUUAUUGGUGCUCCAAGGUUCAAACACAGAGGAACAGUGCUUGCUGUGACAUGGAGUUCUCAGUUCUCAACUGUUGGCAGACAAAGCUUUAUGAAACAAACGAUUGAGCCGUUUCCGUGGCAGUAUCAGACUGGUGAAUAUUUCGGGGCAGAGGUGUGUACCAUGGACAUAAAUAAUGAUGCCAUCACUGAUCUAAUCUUCAUAUCAGCCCCAAUGCAUAUGGAGCCUGAUAGAGAGGGAAGAGUUUAUGUUUGCAGACUAACUGGUUUGUUUGUGGAGUGUAAUUUCGAUGAUCCGUUAGUACUAAGAGGACAUGCAGCUGUCAAAGGAAGGUUCGGCUCUUCUCUUGCUGUACUGCCUGAUCUAAACUCAGAUGGAUUCAGGGAUUUGGCAGUUGGAGCACCUUUGGAGAAUGAUGGUGAAGGCAGCAUCUACAUAUUCCACAGUGAAGGAGGAGGAAGAAUCAGUCCUACUUACUCACAGAGAAUUACUGGCUCUGAGGUCGAGUCAGGACUGAAGUUCUUUGGCCUGUCAAUCAGUCAGUCAUCUUUUGACCAGAGUGGUGAUGGACUGCCUGACUUAGCGGUGGGUUCAAAGGGUAAAGUUGUUUUAUUGAGAUCAAGGCCCAUAGUGAUCGUGAAAACUGACGUUUCAUUCAGCCCAAAGCAAAUCCUUACUCAGAAUGCAGACUGCUCAAAACCACUCGAGAACACAGCUGAACUCUGCUUUACCAUGAGCAGAGUGUCUACAGUCAACACAGCUCAAGCAAGGAUUCAUUAUACUUUAACAUUGGAUGCCACUCGGAAACCUCCAAACAACCGAGCAUACAUCAGUGGGAAACAACAAGAGCAGUCUGGAUCAGUUACUAUAGACUUAAGAAACAGACAGUGUUCAACUGUAAAAUUCUAUAUUAAGGCCUGUCCUGAAGAUUCUCUCAAUGUGCUUUCCAAUGAGCUCAAAUUCACAUUUGAUGGUUUGUCUUCCAACACAGAUCCCAAACCAAGUCUGUCCCCACAGGCUAAAACAACAACCAUUUAUCCUUUAGGGUUUGAGACCAACUGUGGCAAUGACAACAAAUGUGUUGAUAAUCUGAAAGUGGAUUUCAACUUCACCAGAUCCUCAGAGGUUAAAGUGGGCAUUGAUGAGCUUUUGAAUGUCACAGUCACAGUGGAGAACAGAGGAGAAAACUCCUACAACAGUCAUGUUAUUCUCACGUACCCAGCUGGACUCUCCUACAGGAAGUUCACGAGUCAGCAGGAAAGAAUUGAGUGCAACCCCUUGGACAGUGAAGAUGGUUUAUCACGAGGAAGGACAGACUGUACUAUUGACAAGCCAAUUUUCAAGAGCAAAACUAAGGUUUUCUUCAUUGUUUCCUAUGGAAUUGACACCAACAGUCUACUUGAGAGGAAGAUCUUUGUCACUGUGAAUGCCAGCAGUGGAAAUCAGGAGCAUGCCACUACAAGUGAACUUUACAAAAAGAAAUGGAUUGAUGUAUUUUUUACUUUGUAUUUAACCUUAAAAAUAUGUCUGUUUAGCUCCCUCAGUUACAACAAUUUCACAUUUGGGAUGAAUAAUUUGCAGAAACCACUUCAACAGUCAUUCACGAUUACAAAUGAUAUCAGAGCGCUUAAUUUCACUGUGGUGAUCAGGGUUCCAGUGAAGCUUGGUGAAAAAGACAUUUGGGUGGAUUUGAGCGAUCUACAGAUCACAGACUGUCAGAGAGGAAAUGAUGAAGAACCACCUUUCAAAAAUGUUGUUCCUCAAAUACUGACAAAUAAAGUAGUUGACUGCUCUGUAGCCAGGUGCAGGGUGUUCAAGUGCAACACAUUCCUGGAAAGACUGAUGAAGAGGACAUAUGAAAUAUCUGCCAACCUCAGUUCAGGAUGGAUAGAGCAGAUUGGACUUCAAUCUGCCAAAUUCCUCUUAACCAGCACAGUCAGUCUUGAGUACGACAAAAACCAGUACAUCUACUUUUCAACAGGUUCUGACAACCCUCCUGUUCGCAAGAUUGAAGCUGUGGUAGAAGUGUAUCCUGAGCCAAAUUUCACCAAAGAAAUUAUUGGAGGAUGUCUGGGAGGGUUGGCUUUUCUGGCUUUACUCACUGCUGGCCUGUACAAGGCUGGAUUUUUCAAGAGCAAAUACAAACAGAUGAUAAAUGAAAAUCCAGCAGAUGUUCCAGGUCCAGGGACUGAUGCAACAGCAGAAUAACAAAGAUCACAUUUUUUAGUUGUAGGUGUAAACUAAAUUAAUAGGAUGAAUAUCUGUGAAUAUACCCUCCUGAUAUUUUUAGGAAUGAAUAUUGUGCGUAUAAAUGUCAGUGCUACCACGUUUGAUUCAUUAUACACAAACAGCUAUGUCUGAAAUCACUCCCUCACUCACUUAUUCACUAUUACCUAUAACAGAGUUUCCUAUCUGUUUCCUAUCAUCUUUCAUAGUCUUUUUCAGAACCAGGAAAUUGUUCAAAAUACAAAUGCCUAAAUGUUACACAUUCAUUUGAGGGCAAAUCAACACAAAUGGACACAGUUUAUAUUCUAAUAAUAUGGAUGAGACUAAAUGUAGUGAACCACCUGAGCAGAUGGGAAUGAUUUUAGCUGUACUUCACAGUACUCUGAAGUAUUAUGGAAGUUUUGUCUUUUCAAAGUGAAUUUACUUUUUUGCUCUACAAUGAAUCUUUUUGAGAUAAACUUUUUGCAAACAUUGUACAGUGAUUGUAAAAAGAAAUUUCAUUCCAUGUGUACUGUAAAAUGCAUGAAAUUCGGUAUAUACCUAAAAACACUUUGCUUUCUUCUAAAAACGAACCUUGUGACAUUUGACAUACUUGAUUCAGGAAUAAAUGACAGCAUAUACAAUUU